AUGAAUCUUUUUAUUUAUGUCCUACUUUUACCCAUUUGGACAAAUACUUGUUUAAAUACAAACCAAAGAGAUGAACCGUCUACUACAGGAGCCAAGCACCGUGAAUCAAUGGAGACCAAACUGGACAAUUUUAGGAGACAUCUACUCAUUAUCAUAACUGGUGUUAUGAUCAUAGCUUUUUAUACCUGUUUUUGCUUUCUCCAUUAUUACUGUAUGAGCAAUGAUGCCCCCAAAGCAGGAACGGUCAAGAAAGAAGGUGUAAUGGCUAAGUCAUCCAGGUCAUCCAAAAUAUCAUUCAGUGACUCCAAGACAGUUAGUCUGUGCAGUCCAGAAAAACAAUCCAUGCUAUCCGGUAUAGACAAGCUAUCUGGGCUCUCAAGUCCAGGAAAGACAUCCGCACCACCCAGUACAGAAAAGUUAAUCAGGCCUUUGAGUCAAGAGAAGUCAUGUAAGCCAUCAAGUCCCAAGAAAGUAUUCAGAUCAUCCCACCAGGAAAAGUCACAGAAACACAGUCUAGAAAAGGCACGUAAGCAGGCUCAUGCCCAUAAUCUAGUCAAUCAAGUCAGUUCAUCCUAUCCCAAUAAGGCCAACAGGCCACCUUGGCUAGCCAGUCUACAAUAUCUGGUCAGGCCAACCAAAACUCCUUGUUCACCCUAUCCACAAAAUCAAAGCUUGCCCAAGCCAUCCAGUUUACAGAAACUCACCAAACGCCACAGACAUCCUAUUCUAAAGAGGUCAGUUAGUGCAGGUAGGGCAGACAUAUUAUCUAGGCCUCAACCAGUCAAGUCUUGUCUAUGCUACAAGGAAAAAUGCCUUGUUUGCAGAGCUGCUUCUGAGUUUUUCGUCAAUAAUAUUUCAGAGGCGAAGAAGAAGAAUAGUCAAAACCCACCUUUUCCACGCGAACUGAAGCCUUUUUCCAAGUCCUUUCAUAAGAUAGAUUCCAGACACAAUGCACUCUGUGGCAAUGCGAAUGACAGUGAUAUGAUGACAGACUACAGUGAUGGUGACAGUGACAAGGAGAUAACCAUUAUCUGCAACAUAAAAUGCAAGGAAGUCAUCUAUAAAACCACCCAUGAAAUAAUUAAGGGCUCAAUAAAAAUUAAAACCACCCAUGAAGAAGCAAACUUAUACCAACUGUUUAUGCUCACCAUCCUUUAA